AGCUGUCCGCGAGUCCUGGUGCUGAAGUAGGCGCGGACGUGCCUGGUGCCCGGCGCGUGGUACCAGGGGCCCAGUACCCGGGCCGGCGAAGACCAUGGCGUUCAUGGUGAAGACCAUGGUGGGCGGCCAGCUGAAGAACCUCACCGGGAGCCUGGGGGGCGGCGAGGACAAGGGGGACGGGGACAAGUCGGCGGCUGAAGCACAGGGCAUGAGCCGAGAGGAGUACGAGGAGUAUCAGAAGCAACUGGUGGAAGAGAAGAUGGAGCGGGACGCGCAGUUCACGCAGAGGAAGGCAGAGCGGGCCACGCUGCGGAGCCACUUCCGAGACAAAUACCGGCUGCCCAAGAACGAGACAGAUGAGAGCCAGAUCCAGAUGGCAGGUGGCGACGUGGAGCUGCCCCGGGAGCUGGCCAAGAUGAUUGAGGAGGACACAGAAGAGGAGGAGGAGAGGUCCUCGGUCCUUGGGCAACUGGCCAGCCUCCCUGGCUUGGACCUUGGCUCACUCAAGGAUAAGGCCCAGGCCACACUGGGGGACCUCAAGCAAUCAGCUGAGAAGUGCCACAUCAUGUGACCACUUCUGGAGUUGCCCACUGGGAUGGCCAGAGGGCUGGGCCCACAUGAGGGCUAAAAGUGUGUCUCAACUUCUGGGGACCCAUCCCCCCUUUUAGAUUUUGUUUCCCCUGCCCCACCCAAGCCCCAGAACCCUUAUCAUCCAUGCCCCAGGCCUGCCUUCUGGUCUCUCCCUCUCCGCUGAGGACAAAGUCCCCAUUGCUACCCUUCAGGACCCACCCCCAGCCCCACUCAGCCCAGAGAGGCCUUCCAAGAUUGUAGGAAUAGACCCAUCCCUCUCUGGCCAGGGCCCCAAGUUCCUGCACACAGGAGCACCCGUUGAGAGACACACAGAGGGACACAAAACCCCUGGCAUGUGCAGAGGCAUAAGCCACAGAUGCAUCCUGGCACACACAAACACACACGCAUGGGCAAGUUCCCCUGGGUGCCCAGCCCCUCCAGAAAUACAAUCCAAACACUCAGAUAUGCUCAGAAGGGGCUUUGGGCAGACACCUCAGCAGGCAGGA